UAAAAGCUUUGUGAUCAGUUGCUGUGUGCCAAGCACUGCUCAGUGAAGUGGUAGUGUAUGGAUGAAUGAACUCGUUUCAACUUCAAGAAGUAACCAUCUACUCAAGGGAAAUGAAGGCCCUAAUGUGCGGCACAGCCUGAAUCCCAAAGAGGAACUUCUCCAAGGAGCUGGCAGACUGAGCCUGCAGAAUUUCCUUACUUUGCCUCCCAAGAAAUAACUGUCAAGAGCCAGACUGAUGGUAAAACCAUGGGGCUGAGUCAUGUCUGCCUGCAGCUGCUGAGACACUGAGGUCUGAAACCCUGGCGAGGACUGGCUCUGCUCCCUUGGAGGAAAUGGCCGAGCAGCCUCAGCCACAGCAGAUGAAAACUUCCUUCCUUUUCAUCCAGCUGCAGCCCCCACCAACCCGAGCUACCCAAACUCUCCCCGCCCCUUCUCCAGCAACCGCAGUCGCAACAGCAGCCCCAGGGGGCCUGGAGGAGGGACACAUUUUCCCAAGUCCCAGAACAAGCUUCUUCUCUGCUCCCUGGAACUUCAGAUGUACGCAGGGCUUAGCUACAUCGCCUUCGAGUCUGCUGCCCCGGGAAGGCCCUAGAACACUGAGACCAGCUGCUUUCAAUUGCUACUCGCUGAAGGAAAAGAAGGAAGAAACAGAGAAAUCUCAGAAUCUGCAUGUAAAGAGGAGUGGGGUUUGUGGAUCCCCACAUAGUAGGCAUUGCCUGGUCCCUGCUUCUAGGAAACUUGGCCUACCACAACAACCGCCAUGUAGGCUUGCUAGCCCAGCUCCUACACUGAAUGAUGGAAACAGCAGUCCUUCCAUAGGCUGGAAGCACCAGCCAGUCAUUUCUGCCCACGAGGACCUGUGGGAUAUGGACCCAGAAGCCAGGAAUGUCAUCGAAUUCUCAGUUCCACAAAGCACCCUGUCCUAUGCAGCUGACAGGGGCAAAAGGGUACUUCAGAGGAGAGGGACUGUAAACCAAGAGGUACUCCCAAAGAACUGUGAAGAAGACAUAGGUACCACAGUGCUGGCAACAAGGGCACAGCUCUUCAGAUAUUGCCCAACCAUUCAGAUCAGCCAGAGCUGCCUGGCCCCACCUGCUGCCGUGCCUCUCAAGGCAGAGCCGUUUGUUUGGGUUAACAGCGCAUCAGCACAUUCCCAGAGUGUUGCCAAGGCAAAGUACGAAUUUCUGUUUGGCAAGUCAGAAGAGAAAACUCCAGAUUCUAGUGAUCAUGGAGGAAGCACUUUACUCCCACCGACUGUCACAAAUGAAUUUCCAGAAUAUGGGACCAUGGAAGAAGGAGGGGAAGGCCUCAGAGCCUCUCUAGACUUUGAUGCAAAGUCUCCACCAUGCCGCUUGCCUGGGCAGCAGGCAGUCCACCUUCUUGUGGGACAAGACUCUAUACUUAACAGUGUUACAGAAGGACCAAAUGAUGCCCCUCAGUGUCACCCUCAGGAACAAAGUUUACAGCCCAUCGACUCUUUAAUUUCUGCUCUGAAAGCUACGGAAGCCAGAAUAGCUUCAGGAACAUUUCAAGCUACAAAGGUACUGGACAAAGAUGCUAACUUUUCAGUUUACCAGGUGGAUAAAGAACUGAGUACUGCCAGUCAUAAGCCACAGAGAGCCCAUAGAACAUUUCCUGUUGGCCCAGGAAAAUCACCAGAUAUACCUCUUUCAGUGGAAGUACCAACGGAGGAAAAAUUGUCUUUGCACAUCCAGGAGGAUCUGUCUGCACUCUUACCUGAAGAAGCUCAAGCACAACUGUCCCAGAUAACUAAUUACAGGAGACAGGGGCCUCUCCAUGUGCCAAAGUCAGCAUGUCCUGUGUCCUCAAGAUCAGCAGGGAGCCAUGACCCUGUGGACAGAGUUGGUGCUUUAAAAGAUCAGAGGUCUGACCUUGGAAGAGAGCACCCUAGAGGAUAUGAUCGGGGAGGCUCCAUGGGGCGCCAAGGCCGGAUCAAACAUGUAGAAUUUCAAGGAGUAGAGAUACUGUGGACAGGAGAGGAGGCUGAGAGCCGACAUCCAGUAGACUUUGAGACAUCACCAGAAAGGACAGCCUCGCCUGUGAGCAAAGAGUUUGCCAAACGGCCAAGUCAUUCUAGCCCAGCUUGUGGUGUGAGUAGCAACUCCACUCAUUUAACUGGGAAUGUUUGGGAUGAAACUUGCAAAGCUCCUUCCGAAAGGCUGGGCACAAGCAUAGGCACACUGUCCCCCAUGCCUGUUGGUGAGAGUGGAGAGGAUGAUGUCUUUCUGAGAGAAAGCAAAGAACACCUUGAGGAGAACUUUGAUAUACAGGGAGACAAAGAAAGGUUUCUCGAUCAAGAGGAGCACCUUAGGGAAGGAGAUGAUGAUAUUCUUGGGCCUGGCUAUACAGAGGACUCCACUGAUGUGUACAGCAGCCAAUUCGAAACUAUUUUGGACAACACUUCCCUAUACUACAGUGCAGAGUCAUUAGAGACACUGUAUUCGGAACCGGAUAGCUAUUUUAGCUUUGAAAUGCCGCUUACUCCAAUGAUACAGCAGCGCAUUAAAGAAGGCGGUCAGUUCUUGGAGAGGACCUCUGUGGGAGGACAUCACGAUGUGCUGAGUGUGUCAGCAGAUGGUGGGAUAGUCAUGGGCUAUUCUGCAGGGAUCACCAACGGAUUGCACGAUUCUGCCAACUCUGUCUACACCAGAGGCCCUCAAGAGAUUGCCUUCUGGGGAAGUAGGGACCGUUGUUUUGCUGAGGGGAAAACAUCACGACUCGAUGCUGGUUCUGAAAUGGGGAGCACUGACAUUCUGGAGAAGGAGACCACAGAAAGUCUCAGCAAUGGGACUAACAGCAAUGUGGAGGCAGCUAAAAGACUGGCCAAACGCUUGUAUCAUCUCGACAGAUUCAAGAGAUCGGACGUUGCAAAACACCUAGGCAAAAACAAUGAAUUUAGCAAGCUAGUUGCAGAAGAGUAUCUGAAGUUUUUUGAUUUCACAGGGAUGACGCUGGAUCAGUCUCUCAGGUGUUUUUUAAAAGCAUUUUCUCUCGUGGGAGAGACCCAGGAACGUGAGAGAGUGCUAAUGCAUUUUUCAAAUAGAUAUUUUUCUUGUAAUCCAGACACUAUCACCUCAAAAGAUGGAGUUCAUUGCCUCACCUGUGCUAUGAUGCUGCUCAACACAGAUCUGCAUGGCCAUGUGAAUAUUGGGAAGAAGAUGACUUGCCAGGAGUUCAUUACAAAUCUCCAAGGAGUAAAUGAAGGUGGGGAUUUCUCCAAGGAUCUUCUGAAAGCUCUGUACAACUCAAUCAAGAACGAGAAGCUUGAAUGGGCAGUAGAUGAUGAAGAGAAAAAAAAAUCUCCCUCAGAAGGUACUGAUGAGAAAGCUAAUGGAACUCACCCAAAAACUAUCAGUCGUAUUGGGAGUACAACGAACCCAUUUUUGGACAUUCCUCAUGACCCAAAUGCUGCUGUAUACAAAAGUGGAUUUUUGGCUCGUAAAAUCCACGCAGACAUGGAUGGAAAGAAGACUCCAAGAGGAAAGCGAGGAUGGAAAACCUUUUAUGCUGUCCUGAAGGGAACCGUUCUUUACUUACAGAAGGAUGAGUAUAAGCCAGAGAAGUCUCUGUCCGAUGAAGACUUGAAGAAUGCGGUGAGUGUGCACCACGCUCUGGCGUCCAAGGCCACUGACUACGAGAAGAAGCCGAACGUGUUUAAACUCAAGACUGCAGACUGGAGGGUCUUGCUUUUCCAAACCCAGAGUCCAGAGGAAAUGCAAGGCUGGAUAAACAAAAUUAACUGUGUGGCAGCUGUGUUUUCUGCACCGCCUUUCCCAGCAGCCAUUGGCUCUCAGAAGAAGUUUAGCCGCCCACUUCUGCCAGCCACCACAACAAAAUUAUCCCAGGAGGAGCAGCUGAAGUCCCAUGAAAGCAAGCUGAAGCAGAUCACCACUGAGCUGGCUGAGCAUCGCUCAUAUCCCCCAGACAAGAAGGUCAAAGCCAAGGAUGUUGAUGAGUACAAGCUGAAAGACCACUAUCUGGACUUUGAGAAAACCCGUUAUGAGAUUUAUGUCAGCAUUCUGAAAGAAGGAGGUAAAGAACUCCUGACUACCGAUGGAAAUGAGCCCGUGGGACUGAAGAAGUCACACUCAAGUCCUUCCCUCAACCCAGAUGCAUCUCCAGUCACUGCCAAGGUCAAGCGCAACGUGUCAGAGAGAAAAGACCACCGACCUGAAACACCGGGCAUUAAGCAAAAAGUUACUUAGAAUCCAUCCGCGGCCAGGAGGUGCUGGUCAUGGAGCAAAAUAGGGUUUUUCAAGAUCUUUCUGGUAAUCCGUGAAUAUAUUUAAAAAACAGUCUGUGACUAAACGGUGCAUUAGUAACCUUUUCUAUUAUAUAUUUUUGUUAGUUUCUGUACAGGUGUCUUUGCUCUUGAGUUCCUUUGCUUUGAUGAUUUGGACAACUUUAUAACUAAUGCACCUUUUGUGAGGAGGAGGGUUACAGAUCCUUUCUCUUCUGCUUUCUCUUAUUUGCACUUCUAUACAGUUAUUUUAUGUAUUACCAAUCAGUUGUUGUAUUUUUUUUAGGUUUGAAUUUUUAAUCCAUUGUGAAACCCAUAACUGGACAAGCAUUGUGCUUUUAGUAAAUCCUAGACUUUACAUGUGAAAUCCUGCCCAGUCACGGAGGUGAAGUUGAAAGUUCAUAGUUGCUCACAUAAAAAUGGCAGUGCUGGGAGUCAAGGUGUCCCAAGCUGGGACACUUCUGCGUUCUUCCUGGCACCUGUUGUUGGUGCUGGACACAGGACAAAAGGGAGCACGAGGAUGACAGGACUGGAGACCUUAGGGAGGCACAGGAGUUUGUCUCAGGUGUGCAUUCCAUUCCAGCCAUGCAAGGGAAUUCAGAAGUGGAGUCAUCUUGCUUGAAGGGAGCCUGAGGAUGCCUUGAUCCCGAGCCACUUUUGUUUUCUAAACGCUGGUGGCAGUCAUCAGCUCUUUGGAGCUGUAGCAGUAGGAUGUAUGGUCUUCUAUAGAAAUGUUACCUCACUCCCAUGGAAUCUAGACUAGGAAUCAAAAUCAUCUCUGUGGUUGAUACCUUUCCAUCCAGGAAUAGAUUCAUUUAACAUAGAUGUACAGGCAUAGAUCAUGUCCUGGUUGAAACAAAACAAUGUUGGAAAUGAAUUCCACCUUCCCCCACACAUACUCUUCUCUUUCUUUUCUAUAUCAAGACAAAUAAGGAGUGACACAGCUGCAGUUCUUCAUCAAGAUCAGGCCGUCAGACAGACUAUGAAAUCAGUCUGAUCACAGUGACUGAGGAUGGAGGUGUCUGAUGUAUGAGCAGCGUCUUAGCUUAUUCUCAUCUCCACCUCUACAGCCAUCUUGCUGUGUCACUAUUAAUAUUGCUCCUGGAAUUACUUGUAUACAUUUAAUCUUAUUUUUUCCUGCAUUCAAAAUGGUUCCACUUUACAGUCAAAGCAGUCCCUUUACAAUUUAAAGUAUUAAGUAGACUAGAGGAAGAAAACGGUGAGCUUCCUCUGUGGCUGGAAACUGGACAGUUUCCAGCCUUGAAACUGUAUUCUCUAAAACUGCUAUCUUCCCAUCCAAGUAUCUUCAAAAACUAACAGGAUGACAUUUAGAUAUUCUUUAUUCUCCUUAAAUAUUUCCUCUAUUUCGACUUGGUUAGUUGAAGGUACUAUGACCAGAGAAUCAGCUGCUCUUGCAUGAAUAGCAUGAUUCUAGUAAGUUAGAGUAAGCCUGUUAAAAAACCCCGGUAGUUUAUAGAGACAUCUCAUUAGGAUGUACUAGCAUUUAGUCACAGGACUGUGUAUUAGCCUGUACUUCUUCCACCUCUAUACAUGCCCACCUUGCUUGUGCCCCAGAAUAGUAACACUUCUCUCCAAUACGGUAGCUGCUUGCUUCAUGGUAUUUUGCCACACUAUUGGAAAAACUUCCUUAAACUUCUAUCUUGUUUAAGUAAAGGCAGUGAUUUAAUUUAUAUUGCAGAACCAUGAAGCGAAUAUGGCAGUUAACAUUGUAGCUCCAUAUACCCGAACUAUUUCACAGCAUCCUAGUGAAUCCAGUAUUCCCCAAGCAAGUUGCCUUUCUUCUAGAAGGUGAACUGUCACUGUUUGCUUUUUGCCUAAGUAUUUGUAAUCCCUGAAGGGAAAGGUACCAAGACCUUGGAGUCUUGAGCAUCAUCUUUGAGCAUCAGUAGCUGAACAGUUAACAUGUCUAAAUGUGUUUGUCCACAGUGUGUGCUAUAUGUAUAGAAUGUGUGUACUUAUGUAGAGUAUCUAAUAUACAUUGAAUGGUACCUUGCUGCAGAGUUUCUGACAUGGAGAAUUGUCUGGGACUACCCUUAGCAUGAGCUCUGCCACUGUUCCUGUUACAGGACUCACUAGUGUUGGCUCUAGAGCUUCUGGACAUGCUUAUAGAUAAUCAGAUGACAAAGGCACUUUUAAAGCUGUAGACUACUCUGUCUACAUCAUUUAUCUUGAAAAAAUAACUGAAGCAGUCUUUUGUGAGUCAGAAUCCCAGCCUGCCCUAGUGUAAUGCUGUCUACCUUUGGGGAUAGGCUAAAAAUGUGUCUUCCCUGAGGCCUCUGGAAGGAUGCUGCAUUCUCAGAUCUGAUGGGACUCUAGGAGUCUGGCCCAUAGCCAACCCCAUUUCUCCCACAGUAUUGAGUCCUAAGAAAUGGAAGGUGGUCCAUUGAACAGCUCUGCUAAGCCUGUUGCCCAGUACACGGUACCGGGAGCUCUUGUCCCUUUCCUUUCCAUGGUACUUCAUCCUGUCCCUCCUAUACCUUCUGUCAUCCCUACCUCGGUGCCCUGGAGUCUUGGAAUUCCUCUCCAUAUGAUAAAGCAUUAUCUAUCUUACAUUAAUACCUUAAAGGAUGGUUCUUAGUAUUGAAAAGAUAGUCUUGUUGAAAAGCUGACCAUUGAAGCACCCCUUGUAUAAAAUCUGUGUGUAUCUUGGGUUCCACCCCUACCCCCACAUGCUAGCUUCUAAAACCAUUUACCAGGAACCCAGUUUUAAAAAUUCUACUUAGAGUCCUUGUUUUAUUGGUAUAUCGUUAGCAUUUCUGAAAAUGAUUUUCUAACUCUUAGUAAUGUCUAAUUAAGUCAACUGUUACUUAUUUAUCUUUCCAAUUCCAAAGGAAACCAGCAUGUAGAAGACUCCUCUGGUUGAAAUAACUUAUAGGUUAUAUGUAACUUUUUAAAAUUGUGCUUAGAUAGAGCCAUUUUCUCAUGCAACGAUCUUGUAUAGUGUGUAAGGUGCUCUGUGCCCCUCUGUUUUUUUCCCCUCAUCCUGAAGGUAAGGACUAUUUCCAAGGCAACGUAGUGUAAGGGAAUUGGUUCUGAAAGAGGAAAACUUCCUGGUUUUCAAAGCCUAGCUAGGUUUGUGUUAUAAUCUCCUUGGGAAGUUGAGAGCAGGAAGGUACAAACGUUCUUCUUCACCUUCUGCCCCUUUAUCAUGUAAAGAGCAAGGAUGAAGGACCAUGCUCUGAAAUAAGAAAAGACCAUCCUGAAAUACUCAUCACCUGCCUUUUUAUUAGAAGUCAAUUUUCCAUUGUCUUCCCAAAUAAGAGAGACCUUAGAGGAAGUUAGCUGAACGUGGAAUUUUAAUUCUUUGGCUUUUUUUUUUUCUAUUAGUCAUCAGGUCAACCUUCCUUGACAUUAAGUUUGUUAGUUCUGAACACCUAAGUAUUUGUGGUUUAGCUAUUAUGGAUAUAAGAUAUUUUUCAGAUCAGCAGCCAUCUUCCUGGUUUUAGCAGAAAAUGAUAAUGUUGUAGUUCAAGUAGCAGUGUAUUUUCCCUAUAAAGUUCACACUAGCGCCGAAGCAGAAUCAUAGCAUCAGUUAAACAUAUACUGCGGUUCAAGAAUGAUAAUGCAUCUUGCGGUCUGAGGCAUAUCAGCUCUUGUUUCAGAGCCUCUGUGUUACUCAGACAGAAACAGACCAGUCAGUUUUACAGGCUCCAGCACCUCUUUCUUACCUUCAUUCACCCAGGCCAGGCAGCUGGUAAAUUAGCAGAAGUCUCGGCACCCAUUUGACAUCCACUGUCAUCAUGCCUUCCAGAGGACUCUAUCAAGCCACAAAAACUAAUCCCUGGCAUAUUACAGAGGUACUUUGUCACUGCACUUCCUUUCAGACUCCUUUUCCAUCCUUCAUACUUAACAGGACUGAUAUCUGAGGUCAUUCUCAUUCUGUAUCUAUAGUGGGCAUCUUAUAGCAGUUGGCUCAUUGCAUGUGGAGAGAAUGUCAGUAAAUACUUGAAUCUGCAUGGCAGUUUGCUGACUUGUAUGCAAGAGCAAGGAGCAAGGAAUGCAGCAAGUUACUUGUACAUACAGUAGGUUUCCUUAGGUCUUGUGGGCACAUCCCUUGUAAUUUAUUUGUAUAUCUGUUGUAUUGAAGCAUUUGGGGAAAUACUUGUAUAGAAAGUAUGUAUGUCAUAUGUCAAAGGAAAUGCUUUCUGUCCCCUGCCAAUGUUGUAUUUGUGGGUAUUUAUAGUUGUAUGUAUGUAUGUACAUCAAUGUGUAGAUUGUGUAUCAGUAGAUGGUAUACGUAUGUUGAAAUUAUUUUUGUCUUUUAACAACCAGUAUAAUAUGAAAAGAAAGCUUAAAAACCUCAUAGGAAUGAUUAUAUAGUACAGUUGUUGAGAAUUCAUACAGUGGUAUCAUUUUAUUAAACUUAAAUUCAAAUGAUAUUUUGAUUAAAUUUUUAGUAAGACUUUACACUAGAAAAUUCCAUCUUUAAGCUUUGAAUUACCAGGGCAAAAAAAAAAAAUGACUUUAAACUAAACUUGUGAAUCUAUUGAAGUGUACAGUGUGCAAUACAGUGAGAACUCAUUAUAAUAUAGGAAAUACAGAAGAAGUGGAGGGGAAAUCCAGCCUGGGCCGUCUUAGCAACUUUAGUAUUAAGAGCACUUAAAAAUAAAGUUGAGCUGAUAACUUAGGGCUUAUUACAAAAGGUGAUGCUUUCAAGCUCACGUUCUUUAUUGUUGUAAUUAGUCCAGAAAAAAAAAAAAAAACUACAUAGCUUUCUGAAGAACUAAGUAACUACCCAGUGUAUCUUCUAUGUGCUGGUGUAUAUUUUAGAAUAGAUCACUCUCCUGGUGCCGCAUCUUUACCCUCUUUGAUACAAAAGAAUAACACAGAUACUGAAGUCUAUCAGGGCAUCCCAAGAGCGGGUACUGUAUUCCAGGUUUGCAAUUGCACAAAUUAUCAGCUAGUGUUGUAGGUAAAAGGACUUAAGGAACAGGUUAGACUUUAUUUAAUAUUUUUAUACUUCAAUCUCUUUUUUCCUGACUCUCCCCAAAGAAGAGCCACUGGCCUUAGUUGUUUAAUGUUAUUGCUUCUAUUAUAAAGUGUAAAUAGUAACUAAAGUUUUAUUAACCA